CUUAAUCACCCAAAAAUUAUAACAAAGACGUGCUCACAUCUCAUCUCACUCCCCUUCACCAGCUCACUUCACUCUCUCUAAUCCUUUUUAUCUUUCUUUCCUCUUUUUUGUUUCUUUCAUAAAAAAAAUUCUCUCUAAAUCAUCAAGAGACAAUAUGGCUCUCGAAGCUCUCAAUUCUCCGACCUCCACCACCACCACCACUGAUCCUCCGUCGUUUCUAACCGAGCCCGAAAAUCUCGAUUCAUGGACCAAAAGAAAACGCACAAAACGCCACCGUAUGAUAGAUCAAUCAAACCCUCCUUCUGAAGAAGAGUAUCUUGCUCUAUGUCUCCUUAUGCUCGCUCGUGGCUCCUCCGAUGAUGAUCAUCAUCAUCACUCUCCUCCUCUUCCUCCACCGUCCGAUCAUCACCACCGAGACUACAAGUGCUCCGUCUGUGGAAAAUCUUUCCCGUCUUACCAAGCGUUAGGUGGACACAAAACCAGUCACCGGAAACCGGUUAGUAAUAAUAAUAACAGCAACGACGAGGGUAAUAACAACAGUAACGGUUCCGUUAUUAAUAACGGAAAUAUUAGUAACGGUUUAGUUGGUCAAAGUGGGAAGACUCAUAAGUGCUCUAUCUGUUUCAAGUCGUUUCCUUCUGGUCAAGCAUUGGGCGGUCACAAACGGUGUCAUUACGAAGGUGGUAACGGUAACAGUAACAGUAACGGUAACGGUAGUAAUAAUCACGGGUUUGACCUGAACUUACCGGCUGAUCAAGUAUUGGAUGUAUUUAGCGAUCAGACACUUGGAAAAAGUCAACUCUCCGGCGAAGAAACAAAGUCGGCGUUAUGAUUUUUUUUUUCUUUUUUUAAAUUUUUUUACCGAUCGGCUAUAGCUAGUGAUCGAUCAUUAGCUGAGAUGCUGAGUCUGUAAUGAAAAUGAUUGGAGUGGACUUUGGAUUAUUAUUAAUUUUCUUCUUUCUUACGUAUACGAAAAGGGAAAAAAUCUUCAAAUGUUUGGAUUUUGUUGGG